GUUUCUUCAGCUACCAAAUCACUCUCUCUCUCCAGAAGAAGGAUCCGAGUCUCCAGGUGCAGUUGCUGGAGUACGAUAUGAGGUUUGAGAGAUAUGGAAGUGAGUUCACGUAUUAUGAUUACAACGAACCUGAAGAUUUACCGUUGGACCUUAAACAUUGGUUCAACAUAAUCGUUGCAGAUCCUCCCUACUUGAGUAAGGAAUGUCUGGAAAGAGUUACUCAAACGGUUUCGUUUAUGGCGAGUCCAGUAGAUUCUUUGUUACUUCUUCUCACAGAAAUGUGCAAAGAUAUAUGGCGGCUGAGAUAUUGGGUGUUCGGCCUUGCGUGUUUAAAGCCUCAUCACUCUAGCAAACUCGGAAACGAGUUUAGGCUGUUUGUAAGUUAUGAUCCAGGUACCAGACUAGGGGGUUUGGAAGAAGAAGACAGCUAGCUGUGAAUUGUCCAUCUUUUCAUCUACCAUCUGCGUUGACUUGCUUGUAAGUUGCUUCUCUAGAGUCUUCAAGACUAUUAUUAAGUAAACAAUGAGAGUUUCUUGUAUCCUUCUGAUCACCACUUAACCUUGUUGGAAACAGCUGAUUAGUCAGUCUCAAUAGUUUUGGUAAAAGCUUUUUUGUUGAGAUAUCAACUUUCUUCGGGUUAUUGAUGUUUAUUGUAUUGUAACAAGGUGAAGUUAAUCACAAAUAGAUUGAUAUAAUCAAAUAGUAU